UUCAACACCACCCACUCCCAUUCCCUGCUCUCUCUCUCUCUCUCUCCCUCUCUAGAAACUGAAACACAUUUGUCUCUCUAUAAAAACUUAUGUAGCUUCCGUUUGUUUUUUUCUUAUAUACAUACAUACAUAUAUAUAAUAUAUAUACAUAUAUAGUUGAAAAAAAUGGUGUCUGAAUCUGAUCAGCAAGCAAUGGAAGUGAUCGCCGAUGAUAUACCGAAGCUCUCUCUCUUCUCACUUCCGAGACAAACACCCGAGCCUCUAGGUUGGAUGUCUCCGCCGCUCCGAACCUCAGCUUCAGUCCCGUUCCUGUGGGAAGAAGCGCCGGGCAAGCCUAGGCGGUGCACUACUUACGCAACCGAGCCUGCGGAGGAAAUUACUACAAAGUCCUUGGGGUUGCCUCCGAGGUUGUUAGCGGAGGUCAAAUUUACCAACAUGCCCUCUCCGACGACGGUCCUUGACGGGCCCGACGUGGGUCGCUCGCUGUCGUUCUCGUUCAGAAGCCCAGAGAGUUUAAGCAGGAAGGUGGCGAGAUCGGAGAGAAAUGGCUAUUUUGGGUCAGCGAGGUGGGGGAGUUUCAGGAAGAGCAAAGGAGUUCUCGGGGCUAGUUUCGACUUUUCGUCUUCGAGGGUCGACGAUGGUGGCGGUGAAGUAAACGGUGUCGUUUUCGGCGGCGGUGAUGGUGAUCAUGGGAAGGUGAAGCUCGCAAGGGUUAGAAGGAGGAGCAGCUUUUUGAGUCUCUCCCACACAAAGUCGUCGUCUCAUUUGUUGGUAGGCAUUUAUGAAAGCUUUAAGCAAGUGGUCCCUUGGAGUUGGAGACGCAAGCAGGAAAAACAAAGAAAAAUGGACUCAUAAUGUGUCAAUUAUGCCCCUGCUCGAUCGAUCAACUUGAUCGUGCUGUCAUUGACUUGUUCUGCUCCAUCUUUCCGCUAGUUGUUGGAUUUUCUGUUUUCUUUUCCUGAUCAUGUAUAUUAUAAUUAUAUAGCUGGAAUUGGAAAUCAAUUAAUAUUCUAAUUAUGUAUAGUGAUCAGAGAUCAAUUUAAA